UUUUUUUUAUCUUUCGCUUCGUUACUAGUUCGUUCGACAGUGAGAGCGGGAAGCGAAAACUCGAAAACAGGGGAGGGGGAGAGCGAUGGCGAGCGCGGCGGCGGAGGGCGCGGCGGCGCCUCCUCCGGCGGCGGCGGAGGAGGUGGUCUCCGUGGAGCUCCCGGCCCCGCCGGGGUGGAAGAAGAAGUUCAUUCCCAAGAAGGGUGGAACACCAAAAAGGAAUGAGAUAGUUUUCAUCACACCAACUGGUGAAGAGAUUAAGAACAAGAAACAAUUGGAUCAGUACUUGCGUGCGCACCCUGGUGCCCCACCUUCAUCUGAAUUUGACUGGGGGACUGGUGAUACACCAAGGCGCUCGGCAAGAAUUAGUGAGAAAGUAAAGGCGACAGAGACCCCAGAACCUGAGAAACCUAAGAAAAGAGAGAGGAAAUCAAGCUCCAAAAAAGAAACAAAAGAGAAAAAAGAUGACGAAGAUGGAACCAAUGAAACUGUAGGAGCUGAGGAAGAAGCCUCUGCUGCAAAAGCCGAAGCAUCUGCCGAUGUGGAAAGGAAAGCAGCUGAAAUUGCCAACAAAGAAAGAGCUGUUAAUGAAACUGCUAUCAAGCAUGAUUUAGUGGAUAUGAAUAAGGAGAAUGCAGAAAAUAAAACUGAGAGUGCUGACAAGGAUGGAGAAUCCAAAGAAACCAGCAAGGUCGAUCCUGCUGAAUCUGUUCCAUAUACAGAAAGGGGGAAGAGGGAAGAUAACAAACUAGUUGAUUUAGAAGCGCUUCCUCCAGUAGCUGAACCCAAAGGAGAUGUUUCUUCUGAGAACAUGAAAGAUGGAGAGCUUUUCUCUGAAAAUGGCACAAACUGUGAUGAUGGGCAGUGUCAGCCAAAGGUAACCCCUCCUGACUCUUAAAGCUUAAAUUUUAAGUUAUUAGCAUUUUAUGUAAUUUAAGCUUUUAAUUCUGGAGUUAGCUGAUAGUUGUCCUAUAUAUAAUUCGGUAUCAUAGUGUUUUAAAUGUCUCUGUAUGUUAGUGAUCGGUAUCAUAGUGUUUCAAAUGUUUCUGUGUGAUAGUGGUGCGGCUACCUUUGCCUGAAUUGGCAUAUAAGUAGGGCAAAUUGUUGUCAGUCAACCAAAAUUAACAUGUAACUCUGAAUUAUUGUUACCAUAUUUUAGUAUUUGCUUGUAAUAUCAAGCAAUUACUUGUUACCAGGCUUAUAAUAUUGCUCUUUCUAGUA